AUGGUUCAUGCUGCGGCUAUGGCUCAGGGGAAGAAGAGACCAACGGUCCCCCCUCCUGAUGGGGGCUGGGGCUGGAUGAUCGUGGCCGGCUGCUUCUUGGUCACUGUCUGCACACGUGCCGUCACUAGGUAAGUCUGGCAGGAGGAGAGGGUCAUGGAGGUCCCCUGGCUGGGUCCUGACCCAACUCUGAGAACUGUGGAGUGAUAAGCCUGUGUGUUUAUUUUACAGUAUAAUUGGGUGUCCCAUCAAAUCGGUCUAUUAGCAAUUUUAUUACAUGUUUGAGAACAGUUAAGUUUGUGGGACACAUUAUCAUUUCAAACAAAAUUCAACAAUCAUUUUAACCAAACUUGAUGCAGGCUAUCCAUCCAUUCUAUAAUGGUGGGCUAUAUAUUUAAUAAAGUGUGUGAAUUGAAGGGUACUAAAAAAUACGUAUUAUCAUCUUACACAGAAACAUUGUACAUCCUUUUAAAUACAUCUGACAAUUAUUUUCAAACAACACGGUUAUGGUACAAUACAUUUUCUAUUACAUAUGAUGAAAUGUUUAUUAUAUAUGAUGUGGGACUGGAAAAGAAUGCUCAGAACAUAAGAACGUUAUUAACCAUUUCCCAUACUUUUCAAAUAACGGAACAGUAUAGAUCACUUUCGUGUUGUUAUUUUCCGGUUCUGUUUCCUGAACCGGUUCCAAACCCUGCAUGUAAUAUAGGUCAACUCUAUAUAUAAUGCAACUGACUGAGUAUGACUUGAGAACAAGACUGACUGAAGUGACAAGAGCUAUCUUCUGUUUCUGAUAUCACACUCUCCAGUUCAGGUUACACUGGGUGCCUGGUAAACAACCUGCAGGUCAGAAGCAGGUCUUCAGUAUAGGACUAAAGUGAAGCUUUAGGGGGGGGGGGGGGGGGGGGGGGAUCAUUUAGUUAUUUUGAAUUUUAAGAGGAAGUUUGUUCUGAAGUGUCUGUCCUAUAUCUGAGAGUCAUAAGAAAGAUCAAGAAACUAUACAGUUGAAGUCGGAAGUUUACAUGCACUUAGGUUGGAGUCAUUAAAACUCGUUUUUCAACCACUCCACAAAUUUCUUCUUAACAAACUAUAGUUUUGGCAAGUCGGUUAAGACAUCUACUUUGUGCAUGACACAAGUCAUUUUUCCAACAAUUGUUUACAGACAGAUUAUUUCACUGUAUCACAAUUCCAGUGGGUCAGAGGUUUACAUACACUAAGUUGACUGUGCCUUUAAACAGCUUGGAAAAUUCCAGAAAAUGAUGUCAUGGCUUUAGAAGCUUCUGAUAGGCUAAUUGACAUAAUUUGAGUCAAUUGGAGGUGUACCUGUGGAUGUAUUUCAAGGCCUACCUUCAUACUCAGUGCCUCUUUGCUUGACAUCAUGGGAAAAUCAAAUGAAAUCAGCCAAGACCUCAGAAGACAUCCACAAGUCUGGUUCAUCCUUGGGAGCAAUUUCCAAACGCCUGAAGGUACCACGUUCAUCUGUACAAACAAUAGUACACAAGUAUAAACACCAUGGGACUACGCAGCUGUCAUACCGCUCAGAAAGGAGACGCGUUCUGUCUCCUAGAGAUGAACGUACAUUGGUACGAAAAGUGCAAAUCAAUCCCAGAACAACAGCAAAGGACCUUGUGAAGAUGCUGGAGGAAACAGGUACAAAAGUAUCUAUAUCCACAGUAAAACGAGUCCUAUAUCGACAUAACCUGAAAGGCCGCUCAGCAAGGAAGAAGCCACUGCUCCAAAACCGCCAUAAAAAAGCCAGACUACGGUUUGCAACUGCACAUGGGGACAAAGAUCGUACUUUUUGGAGAAAUGUCCUCUGGUCUGAUGAAACAAAAAUAUAACUGUUUGGCCAUAAUGACCAUCGUUAUGUUUGGAGGAAAAAUGGGGUAGCUUGCAAGCCGAAGAAUACCAUCCCAACCGUGAAGCACGGGGGUGGCAGCAUCAUGCUGUGGGGGUGCUUUGCUGCAGGAGGGACUGGUGCGCCUCACAAAAUAGAUGGCAUCAUGAGAAAGGAAAAUUAUGUGGAUAUAUUGAAGCAACAUCUCAAGACAUCAGUCAGGAAGUUAAAGCUUGGUCGCAAAUGUGUCUUCCAAAUGGACAAUGACCCCAAGCAUACUUCCAAAUUUGUGGCAAAAUGGCUUAAGGACAACAAAGUCAAGGUAUUGGAGUGGCCAUCACAAAGCCCAAUCCUAUAGAAAAUUUGUGGGCAGAACUGAAAAAGCGUGUGCGAGCAAGGAGGCCUACGAACCUGACUCAGUUACACCAGCUCUGUCAGGAGGAAUGGGCCAAAAUUCACCCAACUUAUUGUGGGAAGCUUGUGGAAGGCUCCCCGAAACGUUUGACCCAAGUUAAACAAUUUAAAGGCAAUGCUACCAAAUACUAAUUGAGUGUAUGUAAACUUCUGACCCACUGGGAAUGUGAUGAAAGAAAUAAAAGCUUUCUACUAUUAUUCUGACAUUUCACAAUCUUAAAAUAAAGUAAUGAUCCUAACUGACCUAAGACAGGGAAUUUUUACUAGGAUUAAAUGUCAGGAAUUUUGAAAAACUGAGUUUAAAUUUAUUUGGCUAAGGUGUAUGUAAACUUCUGACUAUAGAUUCUUUCAUUUUUUUCUUCUUAUUUUAUGUAUUUAUUUCCUUAUUUUAGGCACUAAACUAUCUUAAAUCUUAAAUCCCAUUCCGUACUAGUGUGUAUUGGGUAUAUUUUGUGAAAUUGUUAGAUAUUACUUGUUAGAUAUUACUGCACUGUCGGAGCUAGAAGCACAAGCAUUUCGCUACACCCGCUAUAACAUCUGCUAAACACGUGUAUGUGACAAAUAAAUUUUGAUUUGAAAAUAUAUACUUCCAUAAAAAUUUUUAACUGGUACAGUGGACCUUCUGACGAGUCUUUUGAGGCUUCCUAAGGCAAAACGGAGAGUCUCAGCUUUCCUUAGAGGGGUCAUAUUAGUGUGUAGCCCAAACUGUUCGGACGCUACAGACAGAAGUUGGCAGAAGAGGCUGUACCAACUUCAGAAGAGUCUUCUGAAACUUGUGGGCGUCCAAACCGUUCGGACGCUACAGACGUUUUCGUGAGAGGACCGGUUUUCGGGAUGUCUCAUGGUCCGACAAACACGCUCUAGUCCUGCCUCCUUUCACCGCAGAUGCGGAAGGGCAAUAUUGGCCGAUGCGGUGGAUUGAGACGCAGCUAAAUAAACACAAAUCUCUAGUUUAAACAGCCAGAUUUUUAGAAAACAAUCAAACAAGGAAGAGCAUGUUUGGAAUGUCCCGCCAACAUUAUUCAAUCAUUUUCAACCAGCCUUUUCCUGGUCGCUGAUGGUUGUAAACUGAUAAUGCCUGCUCAGAACGUCACCUUGAGCCUUUACUCCAGGGUUCUUCAAUUCCGGUCCUGGAGGGCCGAAACACUUCUGUUUUUUAUUUCUACCUGGUAGUUAAUUGCACUCACCUGGUGUCCCAGGUCUGAAUUAGCCCCUGAUUAGAAGGAGAGGAUGAAAAACAGAGGUGUUUCGGCCCUCCAGGACCGGAAUUGAAGAACCCUGCUUUACUCUAUUGCACAUUGUGACUCUGCCAGAGAUAAUCUAAAGUAGUAAUUGGUCAGAAUUGGAAGGAAUGGGGGAAAUUCCACCAAGAGUUUGAGAGUAACCCAAGGUAAUAAAUCUGGGCAGUGAACUCCUGAUCCUCUGCUUUCUCGAUAUGCAUCAGUGAUCCCAAGGUUCUUUGAGGUCUAGUGAGUGAGUUUAAAACCCUAAAACAGCUGUAGCGGACAGCGUGCGUAUACAGGUUUUUGUGUGUGCGUGUGUGAGGAAACAGCAGGCUGACGGAGGCCUGCCGUGUGAUAGGUCCCCCAUGUGCGUUCUCUGGCCAGUGCUGGAGAGGACAUGAAGAUCAGAUGGCCAUCACAUUCACACUGAGGGAUUUGUCCCUUAUCGUCUGCCUGGUGCUAGUCCUGUACAGUUUGUACAGGUGCAGCCAUGCUGCAGACUCGGACGGAGGAGCUUGUGGCUCAUUAACCCCCAAGCAGGCGUUCUUCCCACACGUCCCAGGCUUUUUACAGCUCUCCCCUCAGCUCCAUGAUUACACAAUUCAUUACGGUUGCAUCACUCCCUCUGACCACUCAGGUCAUCACCAUGUCUAGCUGGAGAAGAGUAAUUAGAUAAUUGAAGAAACCUCAGUGUGUUCCGAGAACGUUUGCUGUAUACACUCAGAAGUGUGUGUGUGUGUGUGUGCGUCACAGGAGGUUGGUGGCACCUUAAUUAGGGAGAACGGGCUCAUGGUAAUGACUGGAGCGGAAUCAGUGGAAUGGUAUCAAAUACAUCAAACACAUGGUUUCCAGGUGUUUGAUGCCAUUCCAUUUGCGCCGUUACGGCCAUUAUUAUGAGCCGUUCUCCGCUCAGCAGCCUCCUGUGGUGUGUGUGCACCAUUGUAACAAAUUUGUGUCGAAUAAACCACUAGGAAAAAUAUACCUAUUUGAAAUAUGCAAGAUGGUUCUUAUUUGUCAUGAUUUCUCUUCAUCUUGAGCCUUUUCUUGUGUUCCAGAUGCAUCUCCAUCUUCUUUGUGGAGUUCCAGAUGCACUUUGGAGCGGACUAUUCAGGGACAGCCUGGAUCCACAGUCUGGUGGACUGCACCACUAUGCUGUGUGGUAAGUCAUCAUGGCCCUCAGUCAAGUGCUGCUUCAUCAACAGUGAUCUGGUUUCACGCUGGGCCUGGCACUGGCUUGCAACGCGUGGUCUAGACAGGUUGCUCAAUGCCAAGGGGAGUCAUGAAAUGGAUUUGGUCCAUUGGAUGUAAACAUAUAAGCUGUAAAAGGACAAAGGAGAAGUUAACUCAGUUUGACAACUAAGACAACUAGGUUUGAUAUUUGGUGCAUCAUUUCCCUUCCAAUUAGGACACAUGAUGACGACAAUGUAAUGUAAAUGUGCUUUUUACAAUCACACAGCAAAGUUACAGUAUGCUUCAGUUGAUAAAGUCACAAGCCGCUGACUGGCAGUGCCCUUGCAACUCAGCCAACCCAUCGGUCAGUUUUUGCUGCUUCUCUUAGAUUGGGAUGUGCCCCUGUUUGACCCCUUUACAUAAGAAAGUAGUGAUGUUUUGGUUAUUUUAGUUAGUUCCACCCAACCGUCUGGGAUACACUACUUUCUGUCAUCUCCACCAUGGACAUGUUGAUUGCCCUUUAAAAACCUUUUUGGUUGAAGGCAUAGAAUUGUUCCUUGUUAGUUGGUACACAUUAGUGCAGUAGUAUUUAAGAACAAAGUACUGACAAUCCCUUGUCUGACUAAAGUAGACGUUAGAGAGAGGGGUUUGCUUCUUUCCCUGUCGAUUUAGCUCUUGAGAGAACAAUGUUAGCAACACACAGACGUUAGCGACACACAGAGAACAUCUUGAAAUACCAAAACAGUGUCACAACACCAUGACCCAACACAGAGGGAGUUUGUUUAUUUUGCUUGCGCCCGGUGAAAUGUGACACUAUGAUAGAGACGGUAAAAGCAUGUAAAAAUAGACCCUUAUGCUGACUCGUAGCAGCCUUUAUCAAGGCUGACUUAGGUAACCUGUUUAGGCAGGCGUAUGCCAAGGCCAGUCAGCAUUGGUCACAGAGGACUGCUGCGGAUCACAAAUCCCUCAUGGUCUUGUAUUAACUCACAGUAUCAAUGGUCCAAAGUGACAAAAAUGUAAGUAAAUGUUAACUUGCAACUAUUUAAUAUGUGUUGAAACUAGCAGUGGGGUAUCUUUCUGGAGCUUAACUUUAUGCUGAAUUGGUGUUACUCCCUCUGUUCCUGUAUCUGCAUGUGUUUGUUCAUGUCGAGGUGUGAGAGGUUGGUGAAAAGUAAAGAACUGGUUUGUCCUCAUAUUACCUGUCUUUUGGCAGAAGUUUGUCGGCCAUGUUCUAGGGUUAAAACAAAUAAUAACAUACUGUACUGAGUUUUGGACGACUGUGUUCUGGAGACUAUGUGCACGGAUCCAUUAACUCUAGUGGUAUGAAACAUUAUUUUCACAAUAUGCAAUGUAAAAAUUAGAAUAAGAGCGAUCAGAGUUAAAUCAAUUAAUUAUCCUGCCCACCCAAAAAAACAUAAUGUGAAAACGCAGAGUUUCAGCCCGAGCCUGAUAUUCUGAGAAGUGAUUAGGGCGGGCCGGGACCGGGCUUAGGUUUGCACAACCUCGUAGGCUAUGUGGAGUUGCUGUGGUGAAACAGAGAGAGAACGUACAUCCUAUCCCACUCUCUGCUCUGAUAGACAGCCUACAACUCUCUCUCCAUCUCUCCAGCGUUGCACUUCAACAUUUAUCUAAAAUGAUUUAAUGUGCCUUUUAGUUGUCUUUUUUUCCUGAUAGAAUUGUUCUGUAAUGCUUACAUACCGGUAUGCAACAUUAUUUGCGGUUGAAUAUAUGACACAUUGUUGGAGGUAGAAUGCUGGCCUAUAGAGCGCAGGCGGGAACACAUCUGCCAUUUGAUAAGAACAGACAGUAGCCCGCUUAAGCCACAACAUUGAAAACCAACUGAAAUCUGUUCGGGAACAUCAAUAUUGUCAAUAUAGUCUACCCUAACCCAUCCAUACCGUAUAUGCAUACUACUGCAGUCCACAGUCAAAGACGAUUAGGCCUACUAGAGUUUGUUUCAGUAGCCUAGACCAAUUAUUUACUAAAGACCUCUUAAAUCUGUGUGCUUUUAUGUUUUGUUGCUGUGUGUAAUAUGUUAAGAACGUUACGGCACAAUCAUGUUUUGUAAUUCAGGCUUGGGCUCAUACAAUAUUUUUUUAUGUAAGGCUCUGGUAGGGUUGGGCUUCAAUUGUCGGGCCCGAUCAAAGCAUGGCCUAUGGUCAUUUUAUUUCUCAUGUGUUCCGCUACCUCAGAGCCCCCAAGCCACCCCCCUCUCACGAGCAACUGACAGUACUACUGUAGUUCAGCAGACAAUCCCAUACUAACAUGUUUACUUUGUUGUGAUUGACAGCUCCUCUAGGCAGCUUCAUUGGGAACCAUCUGUCGUGCCGCAUCGCUGUGAUCCUUGGGGGCUUUCUGUCCUCCUUCGGCCUGGUCCUCAGCUCUUUCGCUACCAGCCUGGAGUACCUGUACCUCACCCUGGGGGUCCUCACAGGUGGGUCCCCCCCAAUGACAGUGCAUUCGGAAAGUAUUCAGACCCCUUGUUUAUUUUCAAUUUACAAUCUGUAGAAACAAUGAGAAUAGAAGGGUUCAGAACUUUUGUGAAACAUCACAGUACAGUUGAAAAAUGUAUGGCAAAUAGAAAUCCAAUAUGGAUGGUGUUAAGAGAUAGAUGGGAGGUGUUGAAUGGAGCUGAAGGAUGGGACUAAUAACAACUAACAACAACUAAUAACAACAAGAUAACUAAUGUAAAGCAUACUGUGUCCAUAAUAAGUAUAUAGGUUAUAGGUUGAGUGCUUUUGUGAAAGAGCACAGUUAGAAAGAUAUGGCAUAUAGAAGCAAACCGGAUGGACAUUAUGAAAAUGAUUGGAGAGGUUGAGGGUAGAGGAAGUUCAGGAGUAAAAACAAACAAAAUAUAAUUAUUGUAAAAUUGACUGUGUCCAUAAAAUGUAUAUAGUAUGUAAACUUAGCAAAAAAAGAAACGUCCUCUCACUGUCAACUGCGUUUAUUUUCAGCAAACUUAACAUGUGUAAAUAUGUUAAGUAAAUAUGUUAAGGCGGCAGGUAGCUUAGUGGUUAAGAGCGUUGUGCCAGUAACCGAAAGGUCGCUGGUUCUAAUCCCCGAGCCGACUAGGUGAAAAAUCUGUCGAUGUGCCCUUGAGCAAGGCACUUAACCCUAAUUGCUCCUGUAAGUCGCUCUGGAUAAGAGCGUCUGCUAAAUGACCAAUUAUUUAUUUAUUUAUUUAUAAAUAUUUAUGUGAACAUAACAAGAUUCAACAACUGAGACAUAAACUGAACAAGUUCCACAGACAUGUGACUAACAUAAAUGGAAGAAUGUGUCCCUGAACAAAGGGGGGGUCAAAAUCAAAAGUAACAGUCAGUAUCUGGUGUGGCCACCAGCUGCAUUAAGUACUGCAGUGCAUCUCCCCCUUGUGGACUGCACCAGAUUUGCCAGUUCUUGCUGUGAGAUGUUACCCCACUCUUCCAAGACACCUGCAAGUUCCCGUACAUUUCUUUGGGGACUGGCCCUAGCCCUCACCCUCCGAUCCAACAGGUCCCAGACGUGCUCAAUGGGAUUGAGAUCCGGGCUCUUCGCUGGCCAUGGCAGAACACUGACAUUCCUGUCUUGCAGGAAAUCACGCACAGAAUGAGCAGUAUGGCUGGUGGCAUUGUCAUGCUGGAGGGUCAUGUCAGGAUGAGCCCAGGAAGGGUACCACAUGAGGGAGGAGGAUGUCUUCCCUGUAACGCACAGCGUUGAGAUUGCCUGCAAUGACAACAAGCUCAGUCCGAUGAUGCUGUGACACGCCCCAGACCAUAACGGACCCUCCACCUCCAAAUCGAUCCCGCUCCAUAGUACAGGCCUCGGUGUAACGCUCAUUCCUUCGACGAUAAACGUAAAUCCGUCCAUCACCCCUGGUGAGACAAAACCGCGACUCGUCAGUGAAGAGCACUUUUUGCCAGUCCUGUCUGGUCCAGCGACGGUGGGUUUGUGCCCAUAGGCGACGUUGUUGCCGGUGAUGUCUGGUGAGGACCUGCCUUACAACAGGCCUACAAGCCCUCAGUCCAGCCUCUCUCAGCCUAUUGCGGACAGUCUGAGCAUUGAUGGAGGGAUUGUGCGUUCCUGGUGUAACUCGGGCAGUUGUUGUUGCCAUCCUGUACCUGUCCCAUAGGUGUGAUGUUCGGCUGUACCGAUCCUGUGCAGGUGUUGUUACACGUGGUCUGCCACUGUGAGGAAGAUCAGCUGUCCGUCCUGUCUCCCUGUAGCGCUGUCUUAGGCGUCUCACAGUACGGACAUUGCAAUUUAUUGCCCUGGCCACAUCUGCAGUCCUCAUGUCUCCUUGCAGCAUGCCUAAGGCACGUUCAAGCAGAUGAGCAGGGACCCUGGGCAUCUUUCUUUUGGUGUUUUUCAGAGUCAGUAGAAAGGCCUCUUUAGUGUCCUAAGUUUUCAUAACUGUGACCUUAAUUGCCUACUGUCUGUAAGCUGUUAGUGUCUUAGCGACCGUUCCACAGGUGCAUGUUCAUUUAUUGUUUAUGGUUCAUUGAACAAGCAUGGGAAACAGUGUUUAAACCCUUUACAAUGAAUAUCUGUGAAGUUAUUUGGAUUUUUAUGAAUUAUCUUUGAAAGACAGGGUCCUGAAAAAUUGACGUUUCUUUUUUUGCUGAGUUUAUAAGAUGGAAGUAGAGGCCUAAGUGUUGUUGUUCACUAGUUUACUCCAAUUAGGGAAGGGGUGGUGGGGUUGGAAAGUAAUAAAGGGAAAUAUAUAUAUUUUUAAGGAUAUGUAAAUGUAUGUAUAUGUAUUUAUAUGUAUGUAUGUGUAUGUAUAUGUGUGUAUAUAACAAUUACACUGAUGGAAGUUACAAUCUAUCUGGGGCGGCAGGUAGCGUAGUGGGUAAGAGCGUUGUGCUAGUAAUCGAAAGGUUGCUGGUUCUAAUCCCCGAGCCGACUAGGUGAAAAAUCUGUCGAUGUGCCCUUAAGCAAGGCACUUAACCCUAAUUGCUCCUGUAAGUCGCUCUGGAUAAGAGCGUCUGCUAAAAGACUUAAAUGUAAAUGUAAAAAUAUUAAAGCUGAUCUACCCCCCAAAAAAUCAAAAAUAUAAAAUCAGAUCCCUUGAGUUUUUCCACAUUUUGUUACGUUACAGCAUUAUUCUAAAAUGGAUUCAAUUGUUUUUCCCCCCUCAUCAAUCUACACACAAUACCCCAUAAUGACAAAGCAAAAACUGUUUUUUUUAUUCACAUUUACAUAAGUAUUCAGACCCAUUACUCAGUACUUUGUUGAAGCACUUUUGGCAGCGAUUACAGCCUCAACACUUCUUGGGUAUGAUGCUACAAGCUUGGCACACCUGUAUUUGAGGAGUUUCUCCCAUUCCUCUCUGCAGAUCCUCUCAAGCUCUGUCAGGUUGGAUGGGGAGCGUCGCUGCACAGUUAUUUUCAGGUCUCUCCAGAGAUGUUUGAUCGGGUUGAAGUCCGGGCUCUGGCUAGGCCACUCAAGGACAUUCAGAGACUUGUCCCGAAACCACUCCUGCAUUGUCUUGGCUGUGUGCUUAGAAUCGUUGUCUUGUUGGAAGGUGAACCAUCGCUCCAGUCUCAGGUUCUGAGCGCUCUGGAGCAGAUUUUCAUCUAGGAUCUCUCUGUACUUUGCUCCGUACAUCUUUCCCUCGAUCCUGACUAGUCUCCCAGUCCCUGCCGCUGAAAAACAUCCCCAAAGCAUGAUGCUGCCACCAACAUGCUUCACCGUAGGGAUGAUAUUGGCCAGGUGAUGAGCGGUGCCUGGUUUCCUCCAGACAUGACGCUUGGCAUUCAGGCCAAAGAGUUCAAUCUUGGUUUCAUCAGACCAGAGAAUCUUGUUUCUCAUGGUCUGAGAGUCCUUUAGGUGCCUUUUGGCAAACUCCAUGCGGGCUGUCAUGUGCCUUUUACUGAGGAGUGGCUUCCGUCUGACAACUCUACCAUAAAGGCCUGAUUGGUGGAGUGCUGCAGAGAUGGUUGUCCUUCUGAUUCUCCCAUCUCCACAGAGGAACUCUGUAGCUCUAUCAGAGUGACCAUCGGGUUCUUGGUCACCUCCCUGACCAAGGCCCUUCUCCCCAGAUUGCUCAGUUUGGCCGGGCGGCCAGCUCUAGGAAGAGUCUUGGUGGUUCCAAACUUCUUCCAUUUAAGAAUGAUGGAGGCUACUGUGUUCUUGGGGUCCUUCAAAGCUGCAUAAUUUUUUUUGGUACCCUUCCACAGAUAUGUGUCUAAUUUAAUCCAUUUUAGAAUAAGGCUGUAAGGUAACAAAAUGUGAAGGGGUCUGAAGACUUUCCGAAUGCACUGUAUAUAUGAAUGGACAAAGCCAUCAAACAUGUGACACCAUUCCUUCCUAUGUGAAGACUCAAUAGCGCAUUUGAAGCCAAGGAAGUCGGUUGAGAUGGCGUCUCAUGUGGGAGAUGAAUGUAGACAUAACAUGCGCAGUUUGAGCUAAUCCAGGAAGUGAUGUUGCAGGCUGGCUCAGUGCUGCCCCCUUAAGACACUUUAAAUCCAAUGUAUUAUUAUUAUUAUUAUUAUUAUUAUUAUCAUUAAGGCCCCUAUAAAUCAUGCAAAUCAUGUAAUUCAGGGACACUUGGUAGACAUACCAAAAACAAAAGGGAUAACGUAGUGUGGCUCAUAAAACAACAACAACCUUUUCCUCUUUCGAUUUACAGGUAUUGGAUUUGCCCUCUGCUACACCCCUGCCAUAGCCAUGGUGGGCUCAUAUUUCUGUGAGAGGAAAGCCCUGGCGUACGGGAUCGCCAUGUCAGGCAGUGGCAUCGGGACCUUCAUCCUGGCCCCUGUCGUCCAGCUGCUCAUAGAGCACUACUCAUGGCGUGGGGCCCUGCUCAUACUGGGGGGCGUUGUUGCCAACCUGUGUGUCUGUGGGGCCCUACUGCGCCCUAUCACUCUGAAAGAAGAAGAGGAGGCUCAUGGUCCAGUCCCGUUGGACACCGAGUGUGGAUAUGGGGUGAAAGCUCCGGUGGUGAGCAUGUUAGAGGAACCACUGGCGAUCAACAACAACAACAACAGCCGCCGCUGCUUCUGCUUCCAGUCCAUGCAGGAGUACUGCUUCCUGCUCAUGCCUGACUUCCUGAUGCUGGCAGUGAGCUUCUUGUUCCUAGCCAGCGGCUGCAGCCUGCCCUUCGUCUACCUGGUUCCGUACGCACUGGAUGUGGGCGUGAGCCACCAGCAGGCCGCCAUCCUCAUGUCCAUCCUGGGGGUCAUAGACAUCGUGGGGAACAUCACCUUCGGCUGGCUCGUAGACAGGAGGUAGGCCAAAGUUUGAAAGAUUUUUGUUCCAUUGAGCAUGCCACCACAAUAAAGGUAUUUUAAUUCCCCCUUGCUCUUUAAUAGGCCGGCCUUCCUUUAUUUCGAAUGGAAGACAGGUUCAAAAUGUACCUUUAUUUGUUGCGUUGAGUCUUUCUUUAGGUCUUCCUCUACAACAUUCCUCUUGGAGUUUGUGUGAAAAUCAGAAGCUAUGCUUUAACAUAGAUAUGGGUCCAGCCUUUUCAUAUCCAGUUCAGAUUCAGAGUGUUUAUCAGUCACAUUUAGAGUUCAGUCAUUUUUUGUAAUCUCACCAUUUAGUGAACUGUUUCUCACCCAGUUUUACUCUAGCGAAAUGGUCAAGAUAAAAUUACCCAAUUUUAUCUUGAAGAUAAAGCUGGUUUCCUCUGUGUUAUGAUGAGUUUCUGGUAUUGAGAAGUUCAAGAUGCAAGAAUUUACUUAGACAUUCUGUGGAGAUUUCAUACCAAGUAUUUAUUGAAUCACGAGCUCGUGGGUUCAUCUAACCAACGGACAUAGCUUUGCCCUUCAUCAGUUGAACUAACUUGAACAAAGAAGACACUCUACCUUAUACACCCUUUAUUACCAUCUUCCUGGCAUACAUCUGGCAAGUCUCCAUGGGCACUCCCUGUCUUUGAUGUUCAUCACUCUUUACCCCAAGUCACUAUCCUGUCCAUCACUCAUGCUAUCCUAAACAUCACUCAUCUACCUUGACAUAAUGGAAUGUAGACUUCAUGGCCCCAAACCACUCAUCUCUUAACUCUUCCUCUGUCCUCACAAUCCUAUAACAUGACAUCAUUACACUCUGACAAGCCAUUGACAGCUAAGCCGCCGAUCAUUCAGAUGGUCAAUAUGGACAAUCUGUGUUUUUAGACUGAUUGUGUCCACAAUUUUUCUCACCCCCAGGUGCCUGAAGAAGUAUCGUAAUGUGUGCUACAUGAUAGCAGUAGGCAUGGAGGGACUGUGCUGCCUCUUUAUCCCACUCCUGCGGACGUUCGCCCUGCUGGUGCCUUUCUCUGUGUUUUAUGGGUACUUUGAUGGCGCCUACGUGGCCCUCAUACCUGUGGUGACCUCAGACAUUGUGGGGACAAGUAACCUCUCCUCCGCUCUGGGGAUUGUCUACUUUCUACAUGCCAUUCCUUACCUGCUCAGCCCUCCAAUAGGAGGUAAGUACUAACCAAUUGUAGCACAGGAGGUGGACAAAAGAGAUAAAGGUAAAUGUCUCCACGUUGUUUGCUGAUCGCAAAAGUGGUCUUUAUGAAAGCUUUUAGCGGUACAAAAGCCAUUGUUAUUGCUUCACUAAAAGCUUUGCCAAAGACCACAUUUGCAAGCUGUAAACAAUGAGUAGACAUUGACCUUCUUUCUGGACCUCCCAUAUUAGGUAGAGCAAGCCUGCUGGUCUCUUUCAACUAAUGCAACAGCAAACAAUCUCACUUACAGUAACCUUAUGUCAUUCUAAAGUGACCCACUUAUUCAGUCCUGAUUCUGAAAUGUUUUGUAGUUGUUGACUAAACCUAGUCCUGGACUAAAAACCUAUUUCAAUGGAGAACUUCCAUCUGUGUCUGGAAAACCGCCCUGAAGAGUACACCAUUGAUGUUUCAUUGGUCAAUUAAUGAUCAAUGUUGCAAAUGUUUACCUAUGGAUGAUAAUGUUUUGUCAAGGAUGUAUCUUGGCAUGAACAAUACACCAUCAAUGCUUCAUUGCUCAAUUAAUUACAAAUUUUGCAAAUGUUCAGGUGACGUUACUUUGAAAAGAUUGUUUCAUAGAUGCACAAAUGUUGCAUUAAGUGCAGCAAUAGUUUGUUAAAUUAUCCACCAGUGUACUUUUACUGAUUAAAAAGGAUUCAUUCUAAAUGUAUUAACACAUGCAUUAGUCAGGAAGUCAACAAGACGUAAAUUUUUGUCUUCCAUCCAUCAAGUGAAUGUUCAUACCUCCUUCCUCCUCCUCCCUCUGCAGGCUGGCUGGUUGACACCACAGGCACCUACACGGCCACCUUCUUCCUCAGUGGCUUCGCCCUCAUCUCCAGCUCCCUGGUCAUCAGCACGGUGACGGGGAUACGCCACUGUCGCAGGACCCAAAAGCACAGAAACAAAAAUAAAAACACAGACCCCAAACAGGAGCCUUGCCGAUCCGACUUCUACACAGCCUCAACUAAAGAUGUGAACCCUUCAGUCAACACAGCAAAUUCUUAACAUUGGACGCUUUUGGGUAGUUAUGCAUUUCUUUUGUUGGAAUACCAAAGUACAUUGAAGAUUAUGAGAAACGAUCAUCAAUUGGUACUCAUAAUCUAGCGUGAUAGUUCAGGAUUGGGAAUGACUUUCCUCAGAAAGA